UGACAAUUGAGUUAUCUCCACUUGCAUUUUGACUCUGGGGAAGUGGAUAUUACAAUUCCCCUGGUAAAACAAUAAACUAAAACGGUGCAGUAAUAAAAAGUCUAAAAACUACUGAAGUGUAAAACAAGAAUAGUAUGAGUAGAUCUGGACCACCGUUAGUGACUGGGGUAGCACCAAAAGAAGGACCCCCUGGAACCAGAAUAACCAUACGUGGAGAAAAUCUAGGCUAUGACCCAAAGGAUUUAAUUGGAGUGAAGAUAUGUGGAUUGGAUUGUUUAUUGGCAGCUGAUUGGAAAUCUCCCAGUAAGAUCAUCGCCAGAUCUGGUCCUGGUAAAGGUAAAGGAGAUAUCAUUGUGAUUACCAAAUCAGGGGGACAGGGAACAUGUACAGUAGGAUUUAAAGGCUACUAUGUACAAAUAGGUCCCUUACAGGAAUCUGCUAUAUGGAUAGAUGAGUCACAGAGUGUUUCUUCCAAUUUACGACAUGGUCGGCCAUCUUCUCCUCUAUUCUCUAAGGAUGAUGAGGAUCCAUUGGGGAUAUCUGAUGAAGGAAAUCAAGCCAAAUUUUCAGAAGAAGACUUGUUAGACUUGUUCCCUGAAGCAUCUGGCAAUAUGUCAAUUGAGAAUUUUUCUUCCUCCUGGUAUUUAUUAGAGAACCAUCAUUCUACCAGCUUUGAUGAUUUGAGAGCAGGUCUUGCUCACAUGAAGAGAAAGGCUAAACAUCGUUCAGAAGGUCCAAUAGCUUUUGUCAAAACUAAUUUAUCUUCUACCUUAGACUGUUUAGACAGUUUACAAAAUAUGUACAGUAAAUUCUGUAAAGAUGAUAUAAGAGGGGAAUUUAUCAAUUCCUAUGCAGUUCUUCUGAUGCAGGCUAAGUCAUGUGCUGAUGGACUGUUCCAAGAAGUACUAGGACGGAAGGACAAGGCUGACUCUACUAGAAAUGCCCUCAGUGUGUUACAGAGAUUUAAAUUCUUAUUUUAUCUUCCAUUAAAUCUACAAAGGAAUAUACAGAAGGGAGAUUACAACAUGGUUAUAAAUGAUUAUAUCAGAGCCAGAUCCUUAUUUGCUGAUACACAAGUACAAGUGUUUAGGAAAGUUUACAAAGAGGUAGAGAACCAGAUAAAUGAAUUCAGAGACAUGUUAAAACAGAAGUUAAUGGAGCUGCCAAACUCAUUAGAAAAUCAGAAGAAAUUAAUCAAGUAUUUAAUCAGUUUAGAAUGUAGUGGAGAUCCUGCUUGGGAAUGUCUAGUUAAUCAACAGAAAUGGCUGACAACUAUACUGUUACGAUGUAAAGAACAGCAUUUACAAGAAGAAAAAGAGAGCCAACCAAAUGGUGAUGUUUUUGGAACUCCUCAAAGGACAUCAAAUUUAUCUAGGGCAAAACCAGGAGAUUCCAACAGUCUGAAAUUGGAACAUGGUUCUUCAAAGUUUACCAAUCCACAAAGAAUUAUGUAUAUAGAAGAGUUGUGUGAGAUUCUGACUUACAAUUUACCAGACCUGUGGAAACUUGGACAGGCAUACUUCUCGGGAGCAUUAAUUGUAAAGGAGCAAACAGGAGAGAAGGCAUUUAAAAUUGAUGUUUCUAAGCAUAGUCAGUUUAAGCAAAUGAUAACAGACACCAUUAGUUUAUUCUCUAACCUUGUGAGAGCUGCUUUCCUGCCACAAACUUUACCAGAAAAAUUGUCAGCAGAAGACAAGACCAAAUAUGGUCAAUGGAACCAAGUUAUUCCAGGAGACUGGUUACCAUCUUGUGUCAGACAUAUUAGGAAUUGUGUUUGGUCCCUGUCCUUACUAGAUUUACCAGGAGAAUCCCCUACAGUGAUAAAUGACCUAGCUUUUGAUAUGAGGACAAACUGUAUGUUUACUCUACUAAAACAAGCAAUUUCUGACAUACAACAGCUUCACAUUAAAGAAACAUGGAUUGUAGAAACAGAUGAUGAAUCAGGGGGAACAACCCAGUUGCCAGCAUUAUUUGAGAACAUUGUAAAUGAGACUAUCCAGCACCUACAUGAAGUUGUUGUACAGAAUAAACAGGGUGAACCAGAGAUAUUUGGUCAAAGAACAGUACAGAAAGAUUCCACACAGUUGUGUUCAGAGUUACUACAAGCAUUUGUACCAUGUUUAGAUUGUUUAGCUUUUACUCCAGUAAUGGCAGGAGGGUCAACCAAUAUUGCAGAUGAUUCAAAGAAAAGGUUCUCUACAUCUAGUAUGGACUUUGAAGAACAUUCCUUACAGUUUGAUAAAAGAUUGAUUAUUAUGUUAAGUAACUGUAGUCACACCAUGGAAAGGAUCAUUCCUCGACUGAUAGAAAACCUCAAUAAACAUGGAUAUGUAGAAAUGAAUAAAGCUUUACAGACUACUAGAGAAAGAUAUGAAGAAUUGGAUAGUAAAUUAUUUGAAGCCUAUAUAGAAGAGAAAUCUAACCCUAUUGUUGGAGCUAUUGAACAGAAUAUGUACAGAGGCAGAUUUGAUUGGAAAACAUGCAGGAAACCAGCUGGAGUCAGAAAUUACCUUAAAGAUGUGAUAAUGAAAAUGAUAGAGGUCCAUGCUGAAGUGUUUGCUGUUUCACCAUCGUUUGUUACCAGGGUAACACAGAAAGUUGUGGAAUCCGUGUCUGAGGAGAUCACAAGAGUUAUAGAAUGUGUUACUGAAUUUAACGAACAUGGAAAGUUGCAGGCUAGAGUAGAACUCAAGGCUCUACAAGAGACUGUGAAACUUUACAUAACACCACAUGCAAAUCAAUGUUUUAAAGAAGCAUUGGAUAACCUUGGCAGUAUGAAACCAGAAGAUAAAAAACUGUUAGAAGAUCUAUUGAACAAGUAUAAAUCACAGAUGAAGUUUCAAAUGAUGUGUUUCUAUGGAGAUAGUCUUCUAAGAAAUUCUGUAUCAGCAUAAAAUAGUGUUACAAGAAACUAUGUGGAUGACACAUGUUAUGAUUAAAGUGAAUCUAAAAAUACAAGUGUCACUAAAAAAACAAAAUGAUUUUAAGGAUUACUUACAUACUAUGUCAAUCUUUUCUUAGUGUUAUAUAAGAUCAUGUGACACAAACUUUUCCGAAAAGUUAUAUUAAGGUAUUCGGCCCAUAAUUAGCCAAUAAACAACAAGCAAAAUAAUUUAUAUUUUUAUCAAGGAUUGUGAGUAGGGGUAUCUAAGAGUUCUUAAUAUAAAAUAAAAAUCCGCAAAAUAUUUCAGGUUAACAACAGAGCUGGGUUACAGUGACCCCCCUUUUUUGUCCUCAUAUGCCAAAUAAGGGGUUUAAGUAGUAUGUAAUUUUAAAAAACCUAUAUAGUAUAAUUUA